UCGCUUAAGAAAGGCAUAUCAGAGAUCACCUACCCUGAAAUCCGCGUCUUGAGCAUCUCGGGUGCUUGGAUCGAUGCAUUUAACCUUGGGCGCAUUUUCAUCUCAUUCAUCUGAGGUAGUACUCAUAGUUUCGGCAAUGAGAGCGGUCAUGAGCUCACAAGCCCACUUUUCCCAACCGCACCUCGGACAGCUAAACCACAGCUCUAGAGGUAUUAACGGCAAACGCUGGCUCAUGGUAUAUCAUCUUCUCACUCAACACCGGUCUUCAACUGCAGAACUCUCUCUCUCUCUCUGUCUCUCUCUGUCUCUCUCUCUCUCUCAGUGUAUGACGAAUUUUCACGACGAAUCUCACUCUCGCAUCUCACCAGAGCCGAUCACCACCAUCGACUCACUGCAUGUCGUCGCGGACCACGAAACGCCCUCGCUGCGCGGGGAGCCCGUCCUUUGACCCAGAUGAAGUCAUCCAGGACCUCCCGAGGCUGCAGCAGGCCCGCGAGCUGUUGGCGGCAAACGACCUGUACAACGCCAGCCGCGUCCUGCUUGGCCUGCCCGAGAGGGACACGUUUACGUAUCAUGCCAUGACGAGUGUCACGCUGGCCCAGGUGCAGCAUGUCGUCGAGCUGGGCGGAGUCAACGGGCUGCACGCCUGGUAUCGCGACGAGGAUGGCACAGCUAGAGAGCCGCCGCCGCCGCCAGACAUCGAGGCAUACAUUGCCAUCUUCGACCCGGCCACGGCCACGGCCUCUGCGCUCAAGAACUUUGCGACCAACGCGAAAAAGGCGUCGAUCCGGUCCGAGGCCGCCGCGCACCUGGCCGAGAAGCGAUACGUGCACCCUGCGCUGGCGUCGCGGCUGACGAUCCCCAAGUGCAAGCAGCCGCCGCCGAGCCAGAACCCGUCGCUCGACUUUUGGGCGUGGUCGUGCCGCAGCCUCGAGUGGUGCGGGCCGUGCGCGUCGUCGGAGCGGGUGGCGACGAGCCACCAUGUGCUGCCCAUCCUGAUGCACCACUUUGGCUGCGCGACGCCGUCGCACGAAGGGCUCGAGGUGCUGCGCCUGCUGGCGGACGGCCGGCCGGUCGCGGACAUGGGCUCGGGCAACGGCUACUGGACGCUGAUGCUGCGGCGCUAUGGACUGACGGUCUACCCGGUGGAUAACAUGCAGAGCGAGUGGAGGGUCAACUGGGUCGACGACACGGUCAUCAUGGACGGCGUCAAGUGGCUACGGAGCAGGGACGGCGGCAGGGGCAUGGUGCUGCUGCUGGUGUAUCCCGUCGUCGGCGGGGGCGUCGGCGGAGGCACCGAGGGCGGCUUCACCAGGGGCCUCGUCGACGCCUUCCAGGGAGACACGCUGGCGGUGGUCGGCACGCAGAACGGCAAUGGAUACACGGGCUUUAGGAGCAUGACGAUGGACGUCUUCAUGCAGCGAGAGCAUCCCGAGUGGACCAGGGUGGUGCAGAUUCCCCUGCCAAGCUUUGCGGGCAAGGACGAAGCGCUCUAUGUCUUUCAGCGAGGCGGACGAGCGCCCAGCAGCGAAUCCAGUUGA